UGAUUGGUUUGAAUAUGGCUGCAUAUACUUCAGUCAAUUUAGCUUGGGAUGAAGUCACAAAAUGUCUCUCAAACAUCACUUUCCAUACGGAUGAUGAUGAUGGGAGGGAUGCAAGGAUCAAGCCGGCGAUGGAGUUCCUGCAGGACCAAGGAUUAGGGACCCUUGUUACGGAAUGGUUCAUGGAGACCUUCCAGCAAGAUCUACAGAGCAGGAUUGCGCCAAACUACUGGUCAACCUUCAAGAUUGACGACACUUCGUCCACAACGCUCUGCUUGGAUUGCCUCACCCGUGGAAUAAACAUUCUCCACUCCUCUCUCAUUCCAUACACCAACAGUCUCAAUCUGCUUACUGGCUACCUUUCCGUUGAGGGUCAGGAUCUUAAAGAGCGCUUUGAUGUUCUUGUGAAGGCACUUCUCUUCUAUCGCACUCCAAUGCACUUUUCUGAAGUCGUGAAAACUGUAUACUCAUCCGUCUUCAAGGCGUUUAGUGACAGUGAUGGCAAGAAUGAGCGAAUCAGAACGAGCGAUGAUAGUGAGAUGGAUAUGGAUGAGAGUACAGACAUUGAGAAGGAUGAUGAGGAGGAGGAGCAGGAGGAGGGAAGAGACUCAGAACACACAACAGCACCUUCUCACUCUGAUACCCUAUCAGCUUUUCAUCAAAUAAAUGCACAGUUGUAUUCCUUAGGGUUGCUUGAGAGAGUUUGCGGUGAACCUGUCACCUCUAUCAUUCAUCAGAAGAUCACACAUCAUGUGGACCAGCAAUGUGCCGGAGAGUUUGAGACAUCUUUCAUUUCUUUGCUAGAAAGUUGGUUAGACAACAAAGUGAUGGGAUGGUUACAUCUCGUUUUCUUUGGAAAGAAUGCAGAGCGCCCCCAAAGCCCUGUAUUGUCACAGUCCCUUCAACAAUGGAAGGAGAGGCUACAGUACUACUUGUAUCAGACGUUAGCUGAACUGAGAAUUCAGGAGCUCUUUAAUAUUAUUGUGGAAUUCCCGGAUUCAAUGAGUGCUUUGAAUGACCUGAAGAGUUGUCUAGAGAAGACCGACUUGAGAAAAAAACUGGUCCAGUCUCUAAGAAGUGCCUUCGAGAACAGGCUUCUACAUCCGGGUGUGAACACAACUGAUAUCUUAACCCAGUACAUAUCAUCCAUAAGAGCAUUGCGAGUGCUUGAUCCCUCCGGCAUCGUUCUGGAACUUGUGUGUGAACCCAUACGCAAGUACCUCAGGACACGAGAGGACACAGUGAGAUGUAUCGUGUCCAGUCUGACGGAUGAUAGCUCUAAUGAGUUGGCAGACGAACUGGUUAAAGCUCAGCCGGUCAAUGUAGAAGAUGGAGCUUCAACAGGGACAGAGGAAGCUAAUCCUUAUGACUGGCAACCAGAUCCCAUUGAUGCUGACCCAAGUCAAACAUCCAAAAGCAGAAGAACGUCGGACAUAAUCAGCACGUUGGUCAACAUCUAUGGGAGCCGUGAGCUAUUUGUCAAUGAGUAUCGCAACCUGCUCGCUGAUCGUAUCCUCUCGAGCUUCAGCUACGAUACGGCGAGGGAGCUACGUAACCUGGAGCUUUUAAAGCUCCGAUUUGGCGAGUCACAGCUCCACCAGUGUGAGGUUAUGCUGAAAGAUGUGGCCGACUCUAAGAGGUGCAAUGCCCAUGUUUUGAGCGAGAAGGAGAAGAGAAGGAAAGAGGAGGAGAAAAGGAAGGAGCAGGAGGAGAAGAGAGCAGCAGAAGAAGGAGCCGAAGUGGAUGAAGAAGGAGGAGCCGUUAGGUUAGGAGCUGUUGCAGGAGGUGCGGUUGAGAGAGAUAAAGAGAAGGAGGAGAACGGUGGAGAACAAUCAGAGGAUGCGGUCGAUGGAGGAGAGGAUAAGGAGAACGAAGAAGUUAGUGCUCCAACUCUGCCUAGUCCUGACGAGAUGGAUUUCAACACCAUGAUUCUGUCUGCUCAAUUUUGGCCAAAUUUGAAAGAAGAAAAGCUUGAAGUUCCUCAAGAAAUAAAACAGUGGAUGGAAACAUACACUAAGUCAUAUGAGGUUCUGAAGGGAAUGAGAACAUUGAACUGGAAGACUAAUCUUGGCCAAGUAACCCUUGACAUUGAGCUGAGAGAUAGGACAGUGACCCUGACUGUAUCUCCAAUACAGGCCACUAUUAUUAUGCACUUUCAAGAUAAAGAGAGAUGGACCAUCCAGGAACUCAGUGAGAAAAUGCAGGUGCCUGGGGGCGCUGUUCGUCGAAAGAUAGCCUAUUGGCAGAGCCAAGGUCUCCUGAAAGAGGAGUCACAUGACACCUUUGUUUUGGUUGAAGAAAAAGAAGGCGCCGUCCACAAUCAGGAGAUGGUGAUGAUUGAUAGCGAUGAGGAGGCGGAGUCUGCGACUGCAUCAGUUGAAGACCAGAAGGAGGAGAAUCUGCAGAUGUACUGGUCUUUCAUUACUGGUAUGUUGAUGAAUCUGGAGAGCUUACCGUUGGAGCGAAUCCAUUCCAUGCUGAAGAUGUUUGCAAUCCAGGGACCUUCUGCGGCUGAAUUCACAGAAAACGAGCUUCGACAUCUCCUAGAGACCAAGGUCAGAGAACAACAGCUUGUUUAUUCUGCAGGGACCUAUCGACUUCCUCAACAAAGAUAGUACUAACUUCUGAAAGACUUUUAAUAUGUUUGCAAUCCAGAGACCUUUUGCAGUGGCAUUGGAGUUCACAAAAAACAAGCACUGGCAACUGCUUGACUCCAAGGUCUUGGAACCGCAUCAUGUUUGCUCUUUAAGGACCUGUUACCUCCCUCAGCAAAUCUAGAACUAGUUUCUUCAUGAUUUUGAAGAUAUUUUGCACAUCCAGGUUCCUUUCCAUGACAACAGUGAUCACUGGAGCGUUGUGGUCCAGUGGAUUAGUCUGCUGACUUUGAAACAGAGGGUCGUGGGUUCGAAUCCCAACCAUGGCGUAAUUUCCUUCGGCAAGAAAUUUAUCCACAUUGUGCUGCACUCGACCCAGGUGAGGUGAAUGUGUACCGGUAGGAUUUAUUCCUUGAACGCUUUAGCGCCUAUUAAUAUGGCGGCUUAGCUACAGCCGUGGUAAUAAUAUGAUACCAAGUAAUUAAGCGCAGUUGAGUAUAUGCACAUCAUAACUGCGCUAUAUAAAUGGACAUAUUAUUAUUAUUAUUAAAAGCUCUCCAAGAUCUUGUAGAGACCAUUAUCAGUGAAUUAUGGGACUUAUGGCUUCUUUAACAAAUGUAGAAUCAAUUGUUUUACACCAUGUUUAUGAUCUAGAGUUCACAGAAAUUAGCUUCUAAAGCCUCUAGAUAAGGAGACCAGGGACCUGUAACAGAAUGAUUAUGAAAUCGCAAAAUGAAAUGGCCUAUCAAGAUCAUCGUUGCAUGCGCAUUUUGCUCAGCAAACUGACUGGGAACCAUUCAGAAUUUUUCUUUCAGAUUAGCAAUUAGUCACUAACCUUUGUGUUACGUGACCCAGGACCAGCGUACACUGUAGCAGAAAUUAUUUCUCUUCCUUGGACAUACUGAUCUCCACAACAAAGGCAUAACUAGUUUCUGAAGAUGUCAUUUUUCUCGGUUACUUCCACUGGUGGAGAUCAUACACCUCUAUGUGACCUGCACCCCAAAACCCACAAUAAGUCAUCAAAAUUAAUUUUGAGAGUUUGAGUAAAAUCAAAAAAGCAGAUCCUAAGCUUAAGGCUUAUAUUUUCAUAGAUAAUGGAUAGUAACCCGUAAAACUAUUUGAUUUACUGAAGAAGAAUUUCAGUUAAGAGAUUUAAAGAAUCCAGAAAGAUGUUUUGAAGUUUGGGUUUAAUCUAGCAUGACAUGUGCACAUUGUGCAAUUUUCCAGCAGUCAGAAAGAAAAAAGGUAUCAGAAAAACCCUUGUAUCUCACUUAUUGUCAAUCUUUACAACUACACCAUGGCGUGUUUUCCACAUUGUGCUGCACUCAACCCAGGUGAGGCGGAUGGGUACCUGGUAGGAUUCCUUGAAACGCAGUGCACGUAAUAGCCGCUCUGCUAAAGCAGAGUAAUUAUAUUGCAUUACUGUAGAGCGCUAAGAGACUUCUGAUUAAGGAGAAAAAGAGGUAUUCUUUCUGAUUAGCUCAUUUUUAUAAUUUUGAUUAUUAAAGACAAAAUUACUUUUUUGGCUAAUUCCAGAUUAACCUUUCCCUGUGAGUUUUGAGUGUAGGGUAGGAAGUAAAUUCUAUCCUGCAAGCCAUACAAUGUGCUUCUUUGAGCUGAAUGACUAAUUUAAAGAAUGUCACAUUACUUGUUACCCACUUUGCAGCACCAGUGGUGCUUUUGUUAUAACAAUCUGUAUAUAUUGAAUAAAAUCAUGCAUAUGAACUUAA